CGACUAUAUAAAAGAAUUUCAAGUACAGUAAUCGAUUAAAAAAAUAAACUGUGAUUAUUCCGUUCUAUUUAGGCACACUCACUCUAAGCUUUUCUCUUUCUGCUUUCAAAGAAGAAAAUUCUUCUUCUGUCUGCAUCUGUGUAUUGUACCAACGAUGGUAUAUCGAAGAAAGGUUUACAUAUUCUUGUGGAAAACAGUAGGUGUCUCAAGAUCAAUCCCAUAGAGCGAUUGGGGAGUUACGUGAUUUUUAUGGAAAAUCAGAUGAAAAUCCACGAGAAUGGGCUCGACAUGCUGACGAGGUGUGUUUUGCCUAUGAUGUUGAUAAUGAUUCAAUUAGACUGAAGAAAAUCCGAAUAAAACUACAAGGCAAAGCAACUGAAUGGUUUCAUGAUCGUUCACAUCUGUUCAAUACGUGGUAG